CAGCCCCGGCACCCAGCACGGGGUCUCCGUGGGGUCUCGGGGCCGGGGGUUGUCCCGGGGAUCCCGGCCCCGCCCCGGCCCCGCCCCGCAUGGGCGGCCCCGCCCGGAGCGGCCGCGACGGCGGCGAAGCGGGACGGACGGGGCUGAGCAGUUGGGCUGCUGAACAAUAGCAGGGCUGGAAAACAAUGGGGCUGCUGCACCUUCGCGCUUAGGGACACCGGACGGACGCUCGGAAGACAUCCCAGCUCCACAACAGCGCCUGGGCCAGAGCCACCCCUGCACCGUCUCCCGGGAGCUGCUGAGCAUCCUCCGUCUAGCCAAGGAUCUGCUGGGACGAGCUCCCAUGAAAGAAGGGCGGGAGGAUGGAUUACGGCAGCUGCGAGGACCUGGUCCCCUGUGGGAAGGACAAAUACAUCUCCAAAAAUGAGCUGCUCUUACACUUGAAGACGUACAACAUCUACUACGAAGGGCAAAACCUGCAGCUGCGGCAUCGGGAGGAGGAAGGCGAGCUCAUCGUGGAGGGGCUGCUGAACAUCUCCUGGGGCUUGCGGCGACCCAUCCGCCUGCAGAUGCAAGACGACAACCAGCGCAUCCGGCCACCGCCCUCCUCCUCCUCGUGGCACUCGGGCUGCAAUCUGGGAGCCCACGGGUCUGUGCUGAAGCCCAGCACCUUGCCGGACAUCCAGGUUAUGGACGCAGAGGCCACGCCAAAUGCUGAGGCUCCCGGGAGCGGUGCAGCCACCAAGCUGCCUCCAGAAGAGACGCCGCAGCUGAUGCGGACGAGGAGCGACGUGGGCGUACGACGCCGGGGAAGCACCCGCACCCCCAGCGAGCAGCGGCGCAUCCGCCGUCACCGCUUCUCCAUCAACGGGCACUUCUACAACCACAAGACAUCCGUGUUCACACCAGCAUAUGGCUCAGUCACCAACGUCCGGAUAAACAGCACAAUGACAACCCCGCAGGUCCUCAAACUGCUGCUCAAUAAAUUCAAGAUUGAGAACUCAGCAGAGGAGUUUGCGCUUUACAUUGUCCACACCAGUGGAGAGAAGCAAAAGCUGCGCGCCAGCGAUUACCCCCUGAUCGCCCGCAUCCUGCAGGGCCCCUGCGAGCAGGUCUCCAAGGUCUUCCUCAUGGAGAAGGACCAGGUGGAAGAAGUCACCUACGACGUUGCUCAGUACAUCAAAUUCGAGAUGCCUGUCCUCAGGAGCUUCAUCCAGAAGCUGGAGGAAGAGGAGGAUCGCGAAGUGAAGAAGCUAAUGCGCAAAUACUCCAUCCUCCGGCUGAUGAUUGAGCAAAGGCUGGAGGAGAUUUCUGAAGGUCCGACAGCGAUGUGAAACCUUUCACCACUGCCCCGGCUCCAGAUUGCAUUGCAUGAAGAGCUGUUUGCCCCCAGGAUGUACUGUACUGAAUCCCAGAUCCCUGUCAUUCCUGGAGUGCUGCCGGUGUCCACCCGGCUCUGAGCCAACCCGUCCUCCUGCACCUCCAUCUGCGCAGCAUCCUCGGGGAGCUCCUCCUCUGCAACUGGAGGUUUUCCCAGCCAGGCUCUGGCCAGUGACAGCUUCAGCCAAAACCUCAAAUCCUUGGAAAAUCCAGGGUGAAAAAAAAAGAGGAAAUCCAUGAGCAACGUGAAGCCAAUGAGGAUGGAGACGAGCAAGGGCUGGAAGUGUUCAAGAGCAAGAAUUUCAUCUUGGUUUGAAGACGCUGGCUUUGGCGGUGCCUGCCCUUGGCCCUGGGCACAGGACCCGCUGCUCGGUGGCAAGAGAGCACAAAUAACUCCUCUUUUUCCUUUGAAAAAAAAGCACAUUUCUAUUGCAAUAAUUCACAGGUGACGGGAAGUUUUGUAAAUCAAUAAGGGGCCGCUGAGAAUUGGGGUUUUAUGAACACUUCUGCUGCCGAAAGCAAACCUGGGGGCUGACAGCUGGAUUCAUAGUGAGAGCACAGCGCGAUUUUCCAGCGCGAUUUCCCUUAACCUGCGCCCGGUCCCAUAACUCCCUCCUUCCCCCAUCUCUAAUUUGCACUAAUUUUAGGGAUUUUUAAAGAACACCACCAUGAUGUCAAACCUUUCUGGUCACCACAAGAUGCCAAAUAGUGCUCGCAGGGAUAAUUCAUGGCACUGAGCAUCUCCUGAGGGAUGCAGAAGGGAAGGCAAGGGGGUGGCAGGAGGAGGGGAAGGCAGAGAUAAAGAGGGGGUUAUUCUGUGACUGGGUUUUGCAGCAGUGCCAGCGCAUUGUCCUGGUGCAACUGGGACCAGGACUGCCUCUGUUAUCACUGUUACACCUGGAAAAACCUCUUUCCUCCUGGGCUAAACCAGCAAUAUCAAUUUUAUACCUCGAUGUGAACUAAAACUCUGACUUCCUCCCUCCCUUGAGUUUUCGCAAUGUAUCUUUGUAAUUUUGUAAACUUUUAAUGGUACCUUUUCCACCUUUAACAUGUUAAGGAAAGUACUGUACAGUGAGAGAAAGCUUUUUAUGUACUUGGAGGAUGACUGUGGCAUUGCUUUGUUGAUUAACAAGAAAACAAAAUAUGUAGCAACUUAAUACAGAAUGAAACCGCCUGAGUUCUAGCCUAGUUUGUUCAAAAUAAAGCUC